AUGGAAGAACCGGAAGAUCAAUUUUAUAAUGAUGUAUAUGUUGCAAAAUUCUUUAAACUUAGAUUUCCUGAUUUGUGUUAUGACUUGAUAGUUGCGAUAUUCAAGUUGUUAGAUACUCUGACGAUAAUUUUUCUUCAGUCUUUGAUUAAUGAUAAAUACAUCAAGGGAAUCCGAAUUCAACAUAAUGGUAAGAGAAGAAUAUAUAUUCCGUACUACAAAGACCAAAAUUAUAGGCACGACGAAUCUAAAAUCGAAGAAAAGCUUGACAGUGAACAAUCGUGCAAUAUUAUGAAGGAAUUAAUCAAACACAAUCGACAUAAUGUCUAUCCAAUUAACUUAAGUUUCAGGGAAACUACUCUAUUUCCUGUUAGAUUUAUCGAUCAAAUGUUGGGUAAAACGAAGAACUUUGACAUAAGUUUAACUUUUGAUUCGCUUGAUUAUGCACAGUAUCACAAGUUGAAAUAUUUUAGAAGAUCUUCUGAAGUGACUGAAAUAAGUAUAGCAAAAAUUCUGAAACCAAAAAAGAAGAAUUUGUUUGAUUUAGAUCUUUCGAAGUAUACAAACUUGAAAAAAUUUUAUCUUGAGAAGAAAGAACAUAUCAGGAGUAUAAAUUUGAGUUCUUCAUUUGAAACAUUAGUAGAAUUAGACAUUCCUGAUAUUUAUGAUGAAGGUUAUUUGUUAAACUUUGUGAACCUAAAAUCACUUGGUACUAGGUUUAGUGGAACGUUCAAUAUUCGAAAUCUUCCAAGAAAUAUCAUAUCUUUAUGUCUAAUGUCAACAGAAGAAAGCGAGCGACUUAUCAUUCCUUCAGACUACGUUUGGCCACAGAAAAUACGCAAAUUAGCUUUACAAUUUUUGGAUGAUUUUAUUGUUGAAGGUUUCAAGGACAGCCGUUUAUCACCAAGUUUAAAAAAAUUAAGAAUUGUUUCAAUUUUACCAAUUGAAAGUUUACUACCAAAACUACCAUCAUCUUUAAAAGAUUUAGAGAUUAAUGAUCUAUGCCAAGAACCGGUUGAUUUUAAUGAACUAUCAAGUCCAGGUCUUGAAGCCAUGACAUUAUUCAACAUAGAACUAAAAGAUACAGAAUUAAAUUUUGUGGAAUUUCCUAAAAUGAUGAAGCAUUUCUAUUACAGUACAAAUCUACUUCUGAUCCCACUAGACAAAAUUCGUUUUGAAAAUGCAAAAGAUAAUUUAGAAUCUUUAACAAUUAUGAUUGAACAUUACGCCCACGAGUCUUCGAGGCUUGAUUUUAGUGAAUUUUUGAAUUUGAGUUCAAUAACGUUAGAUGGUUGUAAUACAAAGUUAGCCAAUAUCAAGUUACCUCAAUGUUUAAAAAAAUUAAAAAUUCUGAACGAUAAUCUUCAAUCAGUUGAUGAACAAUGUCCAUUUCUUUCUGAUUCACUCAUUUAUCCAAAUUUAGAAAAGUUAGCAUUUUCAAAUUGUAGGAUAGAUUACAUUUCUUCAACAAUAAAGUUCCCAGUAAAUCUAAUAUCCUUAUCAAUUCCUUAUUACCGAAAUAAAGACGUACUUUUAAACAUAUUCAAACAUGAAUCCUUAACAAAACUUAAAAUUGACAGCAUUAGCAAGCCUGAUAUUUUUGAUGAUUUUGUACACAUUAAACGUGUCAAUAGAAAUAAGACAAGUAUCAAACAUUUAACGUUAACUUCAAUUUAUAAAAUUAUCAAAAAAAGUGCAUUGGAAAAGCUCUAUAAGUCUGUUCGAUUGGCAAUGGGAAAAAAUUAUGUGGAAGUAGAAGCUAACUGGGAUCGUAAAUUUGUUUUUGAAUUUGACUAA